AAACUCAUUGGCUUUUCCCAAGCCUUUAGUGGGAACCCUCUAAUUCAUUAGUGUAAAGCACACCACUGUCUUGAUCGGCGUCAGUGUCAGUGGAAUUUCACCGCAAGACAUCAUGGUCAGGAUCAGCAACAUGGGAAUUGUCUCUUUAUGCGUAGUAUUGCUGCUGGUGUCAGAGAUCUGCAUAGCAGCAAGGCAAGAACUGAUAGUUACCACCAUCAAGCAAGACCCCUACACAAUGAGCAAGGGCUCGCAGUUGGAAGGCUACUGUAUGGAUCUGCUCACUGAGCUGGCUAAGAAACUGGGCUUCAAAUACAAAGUUCACCUGGUGAAGGAUGGAGCGUAUGGCCGGCAGGAUGAAAGUGGAAACUGGAACGGAAUGAUCGGGGAGGUUGUUAGAGGGGAAGCUGAUCUCGCCGUGGCUCCCCUCACUCUCACUGCUGCCCGUGAGAAGGCAGUGGGAAUGACAAAACCUUACAUGCAGACCGGAAUCAGUAUCCUCCUCCGCAAAGAUAUCGUUUCGGAGGAGGCUGGGUUUUUUGACUUCCUCUCCCCCUUCUCUGGGGAGACCUGGUUCGGCAUCCUGAUUGCAUACUUUGUGACUGCAGUCUGCAUCUGCAUUGUGGGAAGGUUGAGUCCAUGUGAGUGGAGUCAGCCCGAGACAGAGCCAAAUCACUUCACUCUCCUCUACAGUUUGUGGUACGCUGCGGGAGCCCUAAGCCUGCAAGGUGCAGGCCCUCACCCUAAAGCUGUGUCAGGAAGGGUUAUCAGUUGUACCUGGUGGUUGUUUGCCGUGGUGCUCCUGGCCUGUUAUUUUUCCAGCCUCAGUUCCUCUCAGGGGCCUGACUCUGCACCGCUCAUGAUUAAAGGUUUUGAGGACUUGGCUAAUCAGGACGUGAUAGAAUAUGGAACACUUGCCGGCUCCUCAACUCUUGCCUUCUUUAAGAACUCAAAUAACCCAUCUUACCGUCGUAUCUAUGAGCACAUGGAGCGGAGAAAGAGUUUUGUGUCCUCCAUGGACGAGGGUGUCCAGAAAGCAAAGGAAGGAAACUUUGCUUUUAUUGGAGAAUCAGUUUCCUUGGACUUGGCUGUGGCACGCCAUUGUGAACUGGUCCGGGCUCAUGAGGUCAUCGGGAUGAGAGGUUACAGCAUUGUAACUCCUCUUGGAUCUCCAAUGCUGAAGAACCUGAGCAUCGCCAUCCUGCAGCUGAGUGAGGCUGGGGAGCUGGCGUACCUGCGCACUAAGUGGUGGGCCAGCAGCUGUAUACCGGAUAGUGCCAAAGGCUCGUCUCUGAGGGCCCAUGGCAUGAAGGGCAUCUUCCUGGUUCUGGCUAUUGGCCUUGGGAUUGGAGUGCUGCUCUCCUUGUUUGAACUCACCUCAAAGUCUCGCAGCACUGCAGGGGAGCAGAAGAAAUCCUGCUGUGCAGUUUUGACUCAGGAGCUGAGCCAGCGUUUGAGAAUGACCAACACACAGGGAGACCAGGAAACCUCAGACAAAAACAAGGCAUAAAAUGCUCAACAACUCUAAUGUAAUAUGCAAGUCUUACAUUGUUAGGUUUGUACAUUAUCUGGUGCAAGGUAUCAAUACUAUUUCCCAAGUUAGAAAAUACAGCUUUUUAACAUUUCAUAUUUUUAACUGAUUUAUAUAAGCUGUACUUAAACUUCAGAGAUUUUAAUACAUAAUCUUAUUUUCUUUUUACAUUUUAAUAAAAAUUUCUCUACAAUGAAGAUGCAAUGAGACACGCAAAAUCUUAUGCAGUGCAUUGUAUAAGAUCAAUCUUGAAACAAUAUAGAAACAGAGUUUUUUAGACCAGUAUUAUGAGACAAAAAUGUUAAAUGUGAAAUCUAUUUUGCGAAUGAAUGACAAAGAUUGGAGACAACUGAACAGAGUGAAUUAGAUUUUUAUGUUUGUUAAAUGCUGUACAUCAGAGGAAAUGUUUGUAAUAAAUUAAAAAAUGCAAAGAAAAUGUCUAUGAAAAGUAAAAAUUACAAAUAACAUAUUACAAUUGUUCUGUAAUUCAAACAUAGAAAGCACAUAAAAUUAUAUAAAAAAAACAACUUAGUCACAAAAGAGGUAUGCAUUCUAGCACCAUGUAUAUUAAUGAAUUAAUAAACUUUAUCUAACAUCAAA